AUGCCUGACACCACCUCCAUCGACAGCCACUCGGAACAUGGCUUACUAGAGGAUGUCCCUGGACACGAUACAAUCCCUGGUCAUCCUAUGGGCGUGAAGCCCAGUGGCAAUGCCUUGCUCGCCACGGAGAAUCUCCGAAAUGCUAUUGGCACGUUCAAAUUACUGCCCGAUGAACUGAUCUUGAUGUUGCUGGAGUGCCUGGAUGGCCCGGCUUUGCUGAGUAUAGGACGCACGUGUAAGGCAUUCUAUGCGUUCACUCGCGCGGAGGAUUUGUGGAAGGCGCUUUUUAUCCAGUCGCCUCCCCCUUCGUUUGCUUGGAGAGGAACAUGGCGGUCAACCUAUCUCAAUUUGCCUCAGACCAAGGUCGCCAUCUUGGACUGCUCGAAUCUUUACUCCGAUGCCCUACACCGACCCUUCUAUUGCGCGCACAUAUCCCUGGACCCGUUCGUUCGCAACAUCCCGACGAGAAACCAGAUCGCUCGCUUGCCGGAUCUGUCCCCAGACGAGUUCCAAGAGAAGUGGACCGACACGCCGUUUAUCCUGACCGAACCCGUCAAACAAUGGCCGGCUUAUCGAGAUUGGUCCGUCGAGUCGCUGUUGUCGCGGCACGGCGACGUAGAGUUCCGCGCGGAGGCGGUGGAUUGGCCCUUCAAGACCUACGUGGACUACAUGCAUCACAACUCGGAUGAGAGUCCCCUGUAUCUGUUCGACCGGGCUUUCGUGUCCAAGAUGGGGAUUAAGGCCGGUCCGCUAGACCAGGAGCCCGAGGCGACGUACUGGCCGCCGCCCUGUUUCGGAGAAGACUUCUUCUCCGUUCUAGGAAACGACCGUCCGGACCGACAAUGGUUGAUCAUUGGACCCGAGCGAUCGGGGAGUACAUUUCACAAGGAUCCGAAUGCCACCAGCGCCUGGAAUGCGGUCGUCCGUGGCUCGAAGUACUGGAUCAUGUUCCCUUCGUCGUCCAAGCUGCCCCCGCCGCCCGGGGUCUACGUCUCCGAUGACCAGAGUGAGGUGACGUCCCCGCUCAGUAUCGCGGAAUGGCUUCUCGGGUUCCAUGCCGAAGCCCGGCGCACCGCGGGCUGCAUUGAGGGCAUCUGCGGCGAGGGCGAAAUCCUGCACGUGCCUUCAGGGUGGUGGCAUCUCGUCGUCAACAUUGAACCGGCUAUCGCGGUCACGCAGAACUUUAUCCCUCGUGCUCAUCUGGGCGCCGCGUUGGACUUUUUAUCCAACAAGGCUGAUCAAGUGUCCGGAUUCCGAAAGGACGUGCACGAUCCAUACAACCGGUUUGUCAAUCGGAUGCGCGAGACUCAUCCGCACAUCCUAGAGCAGGCCGAGGAAGAGCUGAAAAAGAAAAAUGACGGCAAGAAACGGAAAUGGGACGAAAUCGUCCACGGAAAGCCGGAUGGCGAAGGAGCCGCAGACGCAUCGGAAGGAGGAGGAUUUAGCUUUGGCUUCGGAGACGACGGAAGCGACGUGGAAGUUCCCUGA